CCUCUCCCUCUCCUCCUCCCUCCCCUUUACUCCCCUCCUCCUCUCCUCCCCCCCCCCCAGCCUAUACUGGUCGUCUUUUUCUUUCAUUAUUUAUUUCCUUUUUGCCCCCAUCGUCUGUCUGCUGGCCCCCAUAUCCCUGGAUUCAAGUCCGUUCACUCCUUCACGGCUUCAUCCAAUAACGCUCCUUCAGCCUGGAUUCCUUUUAGUUCUUCCUUCUGCUUCUUCUUCUGCCCGCCCUUUUUGCCUACUUCCUUUCGUUCACUACUAAGGAUCUACACCGUAUAUACCUUACUUAUAUAUAUAUAUAUUAUAUAUAUCAGGAUAUACAAACAGAGACCCGACUUGGCCCAUGAGGCUGCUUCCCUUCAAAGCCCUUCCCGCCUCUACCACUACGCUGCCUUGGUUCAGCUUCUUCGACUACCAUUCUUCCCAUCGAUCCUAUCUCUCUCAUCGACGACGUCUGGAAUAAUCUACCGUGAGAGAGACGGCCCAUCGAUCUCUUGACACCUGGUGGUUGGGUUAGUUUGGCCCUGGAUAGAGCGAAAUCUUUGUCCCCAAACCAAACUCUCCGCAUCCUCCUGGUUAUUUUCCCGUCCCUUUCUCUUCCUCCUUCAUAGGAAUCGGGAAUACUUCUAUUCAUUCCUUUAUUCAUUCGUUUAUAUAUCCAUACACUCAUUUGAAACGGGCGAGAAAAAAAAAAUCAUUUUGGAUUCUUCUUUACUCCUCUUACUUUUUACAUUCAUCAGUCACUCCUUUACCCAUCGUUAUUAUAUCUUUUCGACCAGCUAUAUCCGCUCAUUACUUACCUCUCCGCUUUCCAUCCAUUUCCUUUCUUCGAGCUUGACGCCUCGAGAAAUACAUUUCUACGAAUUGACGACCCAUUCGCAUCUGUCGACCGGCUCGCGACAGCACUAUUUCCAUCCAUUAGACCGCCUCGAAUAUUCUAUCCACUCACUCCUAUCACCACCACCACUACAAAACAUCUCCAUUGACAGUUAUGUCUUCGACUACAGAGCCUGUGGCUACGUCGAUCACGGCCAGGGCCACGACAAUGCCCCACGACCCUACUAACAACAUCAGCAUCAAUUCAUCCACUGGUGUGACGCCAAACAAUACCAAUACCAACAACACUACCCCUACAAUAUCGACUCCCUCCCCAUCUUCCACCAAUGCUUCCGCAGUAUCUGUAUCUUCUGCAACGCAGAACCGCGCAUCAAUCCGCCGUCCGCCACGAAAAAGCACUUUGACACAACAGCAGAAGAACCAGAAACGCCAGCGCGCAACGCAGGAUCAACUGGUCACGCUUGAAAUGGAGUUUAAUAAGAACCCCACCCCGACAGCAGCAGUGCGUGAGAGGAUUGCGGAAGAGAUCAAUAUGACUGAGCGGUCGGUUCAGAUUUGGUUUCAAAAUCGACGCGCCAAAAUCAAAAUGAUUGCCAAAAAGGGCAUCGAAACGGGUGAAGACUGCGACGCCAUUCCCGAAUCGAUGCGCCAAUAUCUUGCCCUUCAUUUUGAUCCGUCAAAAGCUCACGCCCGCAACCUGUUCCACAAAGGCCCCGGGUAUGGUCCCAACGAGAUGCAUGAACCCACCUCUUCUGGAAAAAUCGUGAUCCACCACUUUGCAUGUCGUUCCCUGAGAAUUGGUAGCUGGCGUCGCGUUGGCCAAAAUGCCAUGGACUUGGUGAUUUUCUAUUCACCUGAAAAGUCUUGCAUGACAUACUAUAUAAAUAACGACUCUGCUGGAUAUAAGAUCGAAUACCCAUUCUCUUUUAUCAAAAACAUUGUCCUGGAAUCUGGCGAUCCAGGCCCGAGUGCCGAUGGUACCGCGCCAAAGCCGGGAGGACUGGUCAUCGAACUCAAUCGCCCACCAAAUUUCUAUAUGGAUUCAUCAAACUCGGGCGGAUUUUACCAAUGCAGGGAUUUCACUGAGGAUCAACAAGCUACCAAGUCAAUGGUUCAUUAUCUCGGUGGCCACCCCAAAGUUCUCAGCGUCCAAUUGGCUAAACUUGUGUCCCUAGAGUCAUUCCAGAACCGUCUGAUGCAGUAUGAUUUCAACGGAUAUGCUGUGUCAGCGCCCGUUUCUCCGCACAUAGUUCACAGACCGGCUUCACAACCGAAUCAUCUGGCUAGACCGAAUUCAUCCAUAUAUCAGGAGAACAGCAAUCAUUUCGGGAUGAGUCUACAUCCGGGGCGAGGCCAUAAACGACAACGAAGCAGAUCUGUCCCUAUACCAGUUGAUUUUGCUGCAAUGGGCCACCACAUGCCGUCGUUCCACAGCCAACAACACCAUCCCCCAGCACAGCAGUUCCACCCAGACCCUAAUAUCUUCGCACCCAUCCCGCAGGGUCGCAUGCCACAUAUUCCGGCCGUUAGCAACGACCUACGGCUAGAUAACCCGACCGGGUAUGGCAUGGAUUUCCAGUCCUAUCCUAUGCCCGCGGUGACGACGACACACCCAACAGCAACAACAGGCACGACGUCCUCGGAAUUUGCCAGCCCACCGUUUUUCGCUACAAGUGCACCGCCCAACCAGAUGCCAACGCAGUCGCAACACCAACAGCAGCCACCCACAGCUCCCGCUCCCACAGUAGGCACCCCAUACAGCCUUCCCUUCCUCUCCCCGUCUCCAAUGGUUGAUGCCCCAAAUAUGAUGUCACAACAACAGCUGCCGCCGCCGCCACAGGAACAACAACAGCAACAGCAGCAGCACUCCCCAUCACCACUAUCACAUGUCAGCCACGCCACUGCUGAAUCAAUGAUCGCAGACCAAUCCCCACCCUCUAUGACGAAACUACAACUCCAUCCCUCCUCUUCCGCUUCUGCGGAUGAUAUAUUCACCCUCUCCGUCGCUGACCACGACCAAGACCACGAUGACCACAUGGCAGGCAUGUCUGGUCUAGGUGCAGUUGGUGUUGUUGAUGAAGACGGCAGCGAUGAUGCCACGGGUAUGCUACUGAGUGAGAUGUACUCAAAGCAGAAUCUCAACCAACACCAUAAUCAUAGUCAUAAUAAUCAUAAUAUGUCAAUGUCCAUGCCGAUGUCUAUGGCCAUGCCUAUGUCUAUGCCUCUGCAUCAACAUCAUCACUCCCCACCGAUGGAGAUGGAUGAUGAUAGUUUCGUGCUGGCGUUGCAGGGAUUGAGUGGCGACCAUGAUCAUCACCAGCAGCAACAGGAGCAGCAUGCUCUUGGUCAUGGUCACUCACCAGCAGGCGAGAGCGUCGCUGAUUACCAUGGCAUGCUCCCGUUUGAGACUGUGGAUCCCAGUUCGCUUGCUGCGACGGCUGCGGAGGCUUGAAUUGUUGAGGACUUGGGGGAAGAGGCGUUUGGGAAAUCUAAGUAACGGCCUAUUUUCCCCCAUAUUUACCCUGCUUUCGAAUUUGAAAUCUCAAAAUUCGCAGAUUUUUAUAUGUUCUUAUAUAUUUUGAUUGAUUGAUUGUUAUUGCUUCUUUCUUCUCGUUUCCUUUCCAAAUUGCAAAUUACAUCUUUUCCAUCUUAGGCUCAACUCGCUUUUGUCCUUUUGAUUCUCCCUAUUUAUUAUUCUUUUCCCCGUGGUUUUUGAGCCUGUUCUGUUUUCUCUUCUAUUACGUUUUUCUUUUUUGUUUCUCACCAUGCUGAGUGCUCCUUUUCUUCUCUUCCCUUCUAUUAUUAUUAUUCUUCUCCUCUUACUGCCUAUUCCCCUUUCCACUCUCAAAGCUACAACUUGCACUGGAUCAAAAUAAAAUCCAACGUCACUCCCCUCCUCUUAACUGACCCACAUAUCUACCGAUCAACCAACCUACCGGCACUCACCAACGAAAUAAGCAGCAAGUGCUGCUCUUUCUUUAUUAGCCCCUCUUACUCAUCUCUAAAUUUUUACUUACAACAAAUCUCAGUAAUGUUUUUACUUUAUUAUUUAUUAUUUAUUAUUUAUUCCCUAUUUUCUUUGACAAUUUCUACAAUGAUUUGCCGUUUUCCCCUUACUUCUAUCAUACUCCACUUAUUUCAAUUAACGGGGCGGGUUCCCUAUUUUUGUUCUAUUCUCUAUUUUUAUUUUUAUUUUUUUGAGACAAACAACAAUAACAAUAAACAACAAAUCAUCCCAUUCUUAUUUUGAUGCACUUUACUUUCUCGGUUUCUUAUUGCGUUCAUUGCUUCUUUUACUUCUGCUAUCUCAACAUUUCCUAUUUGAAGACACUUCAAUUAUGUACUUAUCUGCCAGUGAUACGUACAAGUUUGGCCGGAACGACUCGAUUCUUUCAUUUGCUGUGUGAGAGUGAGCGCCCUUUUUCUUUUCCCCUUCGCUCUUUUUAUGUUUUAUGCUAUGUCUCAAUUUUAUCUUACUUCGAAGCUUUUAUUAUUUUCCCCCUACCUUUCAGUCAUCUUUCAUCUCAUCUUGUCCUUUUUUUAUUCUUUUACUAUUACUAUUCUCAUUGUUCCUCUGUUAUACGUCUUUUGCCUAUUUCAUAUGAGCCAUGCAAGCAAGAUCUUUGCUUCUUCUUCUUUACAACUGAAAUAUAUAGCUGGGAUUGGAGAUAAGGGGUUAAAUGGCAAUCAGAUUGAGUACUAUCAGAUUUUUUUCACUUACUUCUUUGUAUAUAAUUUAUUCUUGGGAUUUUGAGAAUGAAAUGAAAACUUGUUUUAUUUCUCCCAUUAUUUUUACCAUGUUCUUAUUACUUACCUAGUGAAGGGCCUCUUCUACCAACCUUGAAACCAUCUUUCUCCAGCCUCAUUCUCUGCUUACUCCCAGCUCCUAUUUCGAUAUGGCAGCCCGGUUGUUGCCCAGGCCCUUGACAAUUUCUUACAUCGCCCGCAACAUGCCCCUUCUCUCCGCGGGACCCCCAGAAACUUUCUCUUAACUAGGCUGCUGG